AUGGAACUUGCAAAGAUGCACAUCGAUGUGGUUCCAUGUAUGAAUAAGAAACCCAAAAUGUUAUUUUCUCUGUUUUUGCUGCUUGUGGCAGCCUUGGUCUCCAACAGUCAUGCUGCUGAAGAAGAGGAAUGGAUGAAGUGUUUUGAUGACCCUGACUAUGAGAAGCUGUUGAACAUCGCCAAGAAUGGUCUCAAUAAGACCUCAGAGCCCAAGGUGGUUGUGAUUGUCGGAGCAGGAAUAAGUGGACUCACUGCUGCCAAAUUACUGAAAGAUGCUGGACAUCAGGUCCAUAUUCUGGAAGCUAGUGACCGUGUUGGGGGUAGGAUAAAGACCUACCGUGAGAAGGACUGGUACGUGGACCUGGGACCUAUGCGUCUGCCCAAGGCACAGAAAAUUGUUCGUGAGUACCUUAAGAAAUUCAACCUCACACUGAACCCAUUUGUUCAGAAUGAUGGAAAUGCCUGGUAUUUGAUUAGAAAUAGAAGGGUAAAAGUGGCAGCAGUGAAUGAAAACGCUGAUGUCUUUGGAUAUGAACUGUAUCCCCACGAGAAGGGAAAGUCUGCUGAUGAAUUGUAUGAGGGAGCACUUGACAAGGUGACAAAAAACUGCACAAUUUUGAAGGAGAAGUAUGAUUCAUAUUCCACCAAGGAAUACUUACUCAAAGAAGGAAAUCUGAGCAGGGGAGCAGUCGAUAUGAUUGGUGACAUCCUGAAUGAAGAUGCUGGAUUCUAUCUUUCGUUUCUUAACUCUGUCAUAGAGCAUGUGGCCUUUGCAGAUAGUGGCAGUUUUGAAGAAAUCACAGGUGGAUUUGACCAGCUCCCAAAUGCCUUCAUCCAAGAACUGCGUGGAAUAAUUCGCUUCAACAGCAGAGUAGAGAAGAUUGUUCGCUCAGACUGGAAAGUGAGGGUGUUUUUCCGCAAACUGGAUAAAAAGGCCUUGCAAUGGCUCACUGCUGACUAUGUCCUUGUCACAGCUACAACCAAAGCCACACGACUUAUCAAAUUCCAGCCUCCCCUUUCCCAUGCAAAGGCUCAUGCCUUGCGCUCCUUCCAUUAUGCCAGUGCUACUAAAGUUGCCUUGGCUUGCACUGACAGAUUUUGGGAGAAAGAGGGGAUUCAAGGUGGGAGAUCAUACACUGACCACCCAUCUAGAUUUAUCUACUAUCCAAACCACAACUUCACCAGUGGGCUUGGGGUGCUCCUAAUUUCUUACACUCUGAAUGAUGAUGCUGAUUUCUUUGUUCCCCUCAGUGAAGAUAAAAUCAUUGAUGUGGUGCUAGAUGACAUAUCACAAGUGCACAAUAUCUCUAAAGAUCAUCUCAAAACAGUCUGCAAGAGGCACGUGAUACAAAAAUGGGUCCUAGACAAAUUUUCCAUGGGGGCCUUUGCUUCUCCCGCUCCAUAUCAGAUUGGCCAAUUUUUCAGUGUCUUAUCUCAGAAUGAAGGGAGGGUUUACUUUGCAGGAGAACAUACAGCCCACCCGCAUGGUUGGAUUGAAACUGCAAUGAAAUCUGUGAUAAGGGCAGCAAGUAGCAUUCACCUCAGGGCCACUAAGCCUGCAUUGUAGUAUCUGGAAAAAAUGAACCUUUGUUGUA